AUGAAUCGGGACAGCAAUAAUACGCAGGCGGUCAAGCUCACGGGCGAGGAGAUUGCAAAGCACAGCAACAGCGAAUCGUGCUGGGUCAUUGUCCACGGUCGCGCAUACGAUGUCACAGAGUUCUUGCCAGAACACCCCGGAGGCGCAAAGAUCAUUUUGAAGUAUGCGGGGAAAGACGCCACAGAAGCGUACGAGCCCAUCCACCCUCCCGACACACUGGACAAGUACUUGCACAAGUCCAAGCAUUUGGGAGAGGUCGACAUGGGCACCGUCAAAGAAGAGGCCAAGGAACACGAUCCGGAUGAGGAGGAGCGACAGAAGCGCAUUGAGCGUAUGCCCAUCUUGGAGCAAUGCUACAACCUGAUGGACUUCGAGGCUGUUGCACGAAAUGUCAUGAAGAAAUCAGCCUGGGCCUACUACUCCAGCGGUGCUGACGACGAGAUUACUCUACGUGAAAAUCACAACGCAUUCCACAAGAUAUGGUUCCGCCCACGCGUCCUCAUCGAUGUCGAAAAGGUCGACACAACCACCACAAUGCUUGGUGCAAAGGUCGACAUACCCUUCUACGUGACAGCAACGGCCUUGGGCAAGCUUGGAAACCCAGAGGGCGAGGUUGUCCUCACCCGAGGCGCACGCAAACACAAUGUCAUUCAGAUGAUUCCCACACUGGCAUCCUGCUCGUUUGACGAAAUCAUGGACGAGGCCAAAGACGGUCAAGUCCAGUGGUUGCAACUCUACGUGAACAAAGACCGAGAUGUCACGAGACGAAUCGUGGAACACGCCGAGAAGCGCGGCUGCAAGGGCCUCUUCAUCACUGUCGAUGCGCCGCAGCUCGGUCGUCGCGAGAAAGACAUGCGUAGUAAGUUUGAAGAUGUUGGGAGCAACGUGCAGAGCACCGGCGGUGACAAUGUGGACCGAAGUCAAGGCGCCGCACGAGCCAUCUCGUCCUUCAUUGACCCGAGCCUCAGCUGGAAGGACAUUCCUUGGUUCAGGAGCAUCACCAAAAUGCCCAUCAUCUUGAAGGGUGUCCAGUGCGUAGAGGAUGUAAUCCGCGCAGUCGAGAUCGGUGUCGAGGGUGUUGUUCUCUCAAAUCAUGGUGGUCGUCAGCUUGACUUUGCUCGCUCUGGCGUCGAGGUCCUUGCCGAGGUUAUGCCAGUCCUUCGCCAACGUGGCUGGCAAGAUCGCAUUGAGGUAUACAUCGACGGCGGUAUACGCCGAGCCACAGACAUUAUCAAGGCCGUUGCACUGGGUGCAAAGGGUGUGGGCAUUGGACGGCCAUUCCUUUAUGCCAUGUCUGCGUACGGACUGCCUGGUGUGGAUCGCGCGAUGCAGCUGCUGAAAGACGAGAUGGAGAUGAACAUGCGCCUCAUCGGAGCAUCGUGCAUUGCGGAUUUAAAUCCUUCCAUGCUCGACACUCGAGGUUUAAGCAUGCACACGGCGCCCGUGCCGCAAGACACACUUGGCUUGAAUGUCUAUGAUCCACUCCUUGGGCCUCAAGAGAAGGCUGUAAGAGAAAAGUCCAAGCUGUAG